GUUAACACCUGGAAAGCAUUCCUAAGGAUUGUUAGAACCGUACAAUCUCCUUUAUACGAACACAACUGGAUCCGAUAUGUAUUUUCCCAACGGCAUUUAGAAACUUGCACUUUUAAUUUCUUUGAAAAACGACCUUUGGGAUACAUAGUUGAAUCACUAUUUUUUCCCUGUUUUGCAAAACGCUCUGGCUCUUUCAUCAGCGUUGUAGGUGAUGUACAGUAUCUUUUUCACUUGGGAGGAGGAAAGAUACUGAGGCUCACCAGAGCAUUUGUAUCGCGUUAACGGGUUAUCUUUAGAACUGCUACUUUAUAACAACGCCAUCCCAAGGCACAAGGACGGCUAUAGUGUAUAUAUAUCAUAUUUUCUGGAAGACACAUUUAAAACCGUAACAAUAAUAAUUGCUAAAAGAAAUGCUGCGAGAACGGCGAAGGCGUGGAUGGGUUUGCUUUGAUCUAUUUUGUCAAGGGUGCCUUGGAUGAUGUGUGUUAUGCUUGCUGGCGGGUUUUUGGAAAGCUGUUUUUCCGAACUCUUUGUUACAAAGGUGGUCCAUGCCCCAUCCUCAGUAUUGCUAUUACCAUCAUGUCACCACCAGCCUCGGCUGCCACAGCCAGCGAAAGCAGCCCCACGGUUCCUGAGGAAGACGCCGACAGUGUCAGAGAGGAGCAACGACCACUGAAGCAGUCCCUCAGCAAGUCACUGUGCAGAGAGUCCCAUUGGAAAUGUCUUCUGCUGUCCCUGCUCAUGUAUGGCUGCAUGGGAGCCAUGACAUGGUGCCAUGUGACCAAAGUCACCCGGCUGACCUUCGACAGUGCCUACAAGGGGAAGUCCAUGAUGUACCACGACAGCCCCUGUUCCAAUGGCUACAUCUACAUCCCACUGGCCUUCCUUGUCAUGCUGUACGUGGUCUACCUGGUGGAAUGUUGGCACUGCUACACCAGGAACGAACUGCAGUACAAAGUGGACGUGGAGAGCAUCUCUGAACGGAUCCAGAGAAUGCAGCAAGCCACCCCGUGCAUCUGGUGGAAGGCCAUCAGCUACCACUACGUGCGGAGGACCAGACAAGUCACACGGUACCGGAAUGGUGACGCUUACACCACCACUCAGGUGUACCACGAGCGAGUCAACACCCACGUGGCUGAGGCCGAGUUUGACUAUGGCAACUGCGGGGUAAAGGACAUUUCCAAAGACCUCCUGGGCCUGGAGAGCUUUGCUGUCACCAAGUUGAGGUUCACCAAGUGCUUUAGCUUUGCCAAUGUAGAGUCUGAAAACUCCUACCUGACCCAGAGGGCCAGAUUCUUCACAGAGAAUGAGGGGCUGGAUGACUACAUGGAGGCAAGAGAAGGAAUGCAUCUCAAGAAUGUAGACUUUAAGGAGUACAUGAUUGCCUUCUCUGACCCAGACCAUCUUCCAUGGUAUGUCUCCCACUAUGUCUUCUGGGUGGCAGCCCUCUUCACCCUGUCAUGGCCUCUGCGUGUGUUGACCGAAUACCGCACUGCCUAUGUCCACUACCACGUGGAGAAGCUGUUUGGCUUCGACUAUGUCCCCGUGACCCCCUCUGAGGAGCGACCUUACUGUCGGCGCAUCCCACGGGUGAACACCAUUGACAGCACGGAGCUGGAGUGGCACAUUCGGUCCAAUCAGCAGCUCGUGCCCAGCUACUCAGAGGCUGUGUUGAUGGAUCUGGCCCAGCUCUCCAACUGCAACACUUACACUGUGUGCAACUACGGGGCAUACCGGCAAAACUGCGAGCGCUGCCACAGGGCCAUCAGCAGUUCUUCCAUCUUCUCCAGGAGCGCACUCAGCAUAUGCAAUGGCAGCCCCAGGAUCCCCUUCAGUGCCAGCCGAUUCUCCCUGGGACGACUGUACGGUUCCCGACGGAGCUGCUUUUGGAGGAGCAGGAGUGGGAGCCUUAAUGAGCAGAACUGCCCCAGUGAGAACACCCGGUGCUUGUCAGGGCAGAUGACAAAUGAAGAAGAUCCCCCUCCCUACCAGGAUGCUCUCUACUUUCCCGUCUUGAUUGUACAUCGGAAUGAAGGCUGCCUCAACCAUAACCACCGGUCCCUGCACAGAAACGGCUCCUGCGUUGAGACUUCCUUAUGACUACACAUUUCGCCGUACACCUGGACAAGACAAUAAAACUCACAGGAAUGUAUUUGUGGAGAACUUUCCCUGGAUACAAAGUUCCCCAAGGAUGUAACAGACGGCAUUGUACAACAUCACAUGCAUUCAUGAAGGAAGUUGGAAGAUAACAUCAAUAUUUGCCUUGCUUGUUAUUGGAAGAUAAAUGACUGAUGAAGACUUCCUGCCAUAGUGGUCUGGGGUCCAGAAAGUAUUAAUAACAGACAAGUGAGUCCAUACCAAAAAAAGUCUUCAGUCUAAAUCAAUAGAAUUAACCCCUGCAGUCAAUGGGAUACCAAUGUAUUUCUGUCUAGUAAUACUUGAAAUCUUACACAGUAGGGUAUGAAAAAAUAAGUCCAGUUUCUUGGGAAAAGCAAAGUUGUCCCAAUAUUGAAGAAUGUAAUCUUUUCCCUGCUGUCCAUUUAAAACACAAUUCAAUUCAUUUCAUGAACUGGGGUGUAUUACAACAUCAUACCUCCUAGACGUUCUCCAUUUUGCAGGACAAACCUGCUUCAUGCCCUAAAGUCCCUGUCCUGGAUGAAUCGGUACAUUUCCAAUAUCUUUCCAGCUGAAGGAAGAAACAGUUGCUACAGGUGAGCAAAAAAUGCAAUUCAAACCAAGUGUGAAAGUGUAUCUGGAAAGUAGUGUUUUCUUUCUUUGUGUAAUGUCAGAACUCGGUGUUUAUCUCAGGCAAUUAUUUAACAUUGUGUAUAUUGGUAAUUUCAGAAGAAUUUGUGUCACUGCUGUGGCUUGGCUGUGGUCAGUUAAUUUCAAGAUGUGUUGUACUGUUGCAUUCAUUCACUUUCAAGGGGUUUCAUUCUACACAACAAUAAACAACAAGCAGAAAAAUACAUUCAUUUUAUAUGAUACACUGAUUUUAUAUACUGCAUUUGUCCCAGUCAUGCCAUUUGAAAUGUUGGGUGGUAUGCAACACGGUCAAGGAAUUCAUAGCAAUAACCUUUGGAAAACCUCAAAGCUCUUUUCUGAAAAAAUGAUGACUUAAUUAUUUAUUCCCCUUUGUUAAAGUUGCCUCUCUGAUUGUCUGUUCAGGUUUGAGUGGGUGUAUCUUGUUAAACUAGGAUACACUCACUUUAAUCUAAACAGACCUUCUGGACAAUCAAAUUCUGUUUUUUCCAGAUAAAGUGAAUAUGGGAAUAAAGAAACUGGACUGUAAUGAAGAAGAAAAUGAAUCUGCAGGAUAGAAUGGAGUUUAGAAUAAAAUGCUUUUGAAAUACUUCUCAUCUUGUUAUCAUAAAAAUGUACGCUGUCACUUCAAAGCAUAGCUUGCAACAUUGUGUAAACGAGGUGUUAAAAUAAGGCUCAUUGGGAGAUUCUGCCUCAACUGUAAUUUAAAUUGAAAUGAACUGUAAUUUAAGAUGCAGUUUCACGGUGUUUACACAAUAUGGAUUAGUUUCCAAAGUUCUCAGAUACAUGUGGAGUUUCAGUUGGACAAUAUUGUAGAACAAGUUCUUGAUCUGGUUGGUUGUGAAACUUGCUGUCUUAGAACUAUCAUAUUCUUUGCUGAUGGGUAGACAGAGCAGGGCAAUAAGGAAGAAUUGUUAUCUAGAGUAAAAAUGUUAACAGAGAUUGGUGCUAACAGUGACUUACUUUCUACUUUUAAUCUUUCACUCUUUAACUGCCCAAGGAGAUGUAAUGCCUUGGCCUAUUGUCAGUCUACAGUCCACAAAUGACAACCACAAUCAACUCUGGAUAAUAUGAAUUAACAUGGUUUUGCUCUUUAUACACAUUUGUUCCUGCACACUGCGGCAUAGCAGAAACAAUAUACAGUAUAUAUGUAUAUUAUGACUGUCAUUGUGUGUUACAGAAAUCAUAUUGUAUAAUUUUAGAAGAAAUAAGUGUCCUGAGUCUUUUUUGUGAGGGUUGCCGCAUUUUGAUUUCAUACAACUGCACCAAUUUAAACCAAUGCCACAAAAAUACACAGCACAUUUUUCUGAAACACACACAGGAAAUGAAAGAAAUAUCACUUUCUAUGCUUUCACUUCAAAGGCAUAGAAUUAGCACAGACAAAUCUAGAAAAUUCAAUUUUGUUUGUAAUUUUCCCCAAUUUUAAUGCCUGUGAUAUGUUACAUGACCUAAUAGCGUUGAGUGCCAUUGAGACUUGUGAGACUGUUUUUAAAUCUGUUGCCCUGCCUGUGUGUUUUCAAAGACAGAAUUAAAGUGUUAGAGGCUAUUUCAGUACAAACGUCCAGCGCAGGUUAAAAGUUGGAAGUCAAUUGAAAAACAUGACCAGGAUCCAAAAUUAGAGAAAGUGAUCUGUUUCUUGUUGUAAAACAGCUGCCAUUGAACUCAAAUGCAGGUUUCAUUGCUAUCCCUCUUGAAUAUAAAUUAAAACUCUAGCAUACAAUUGUGUGCAGAGAUGUCUUCACAGUCUUCCAGCGUUAAUAGUGAGAUGAGAGAUUGUACACCAAUUGAAUGUCACUGGUAUAUAAAGUGUCUCAUGUGCAACUGUACUCUAUGAGUCUAUUAUUCUUUUCAGUCUCGCAAAAAGGAAUUAUUUAGUAUGCAAUGGUUAAUUGUCGCAAUUAAUUGUUGCGAAAACCAUUCAGUCCACAUUGUUAUCUGUUGUAACUGUCUUUUGUUGUUUAUUGAUGAUCAAUUAAUUACACCAUAGAAAAAGUGUGCAUGCCACUUCUAUAGUCUCAUAGAAGUAACAUGUAUAUGACAUGGUCAGUGUGGUGGCAUAGUGGUAAGUGUUGCCGCCUCCAGGGCUGGGGCCUUGAGCUCAAAUCCUCGGGUGCCAUCUGUGUGGAGUUUGUAUGUUCUCCCCUUUGUUCUGAGUGCUUUGGUUUCCUCUCAUAGUCCAAGCACACACUUGGAGGUUAAUGGCCAUGCGUAAAAAUCACUCUGUGAUGAGUGUGUGUGCCCCGCUAUGGAAUGGCAGUCCUUGAGCCUAUUGCUUGCCGGGAAUAGGCUCUGUCUCCCCCGCGACCCUGCAUUGGAUAAAGGAGUUAGAAGAGUGAAGGAUAAUACAACAUGCCAUUGUAUUAUCCAUUGCCAUUGUUCUGUUUAAAAUAAAAAAAUAAGCAUUCCGUAGGUAUAUUAACAGAUGGUUUAGAAUUUAUUCCAUGCUACACAAUCCAGCUUGACAAUUGCACUUUUCUCAGUACAAUAAGAGCAGACAUCAAGCUGUCUGAAAAUAAACCAAAGCUCCAAGCUGUCAUUUAAAUUGCAAUAUUGUUUGAAUACCUUGGCCCCCCAUUAAAAAUGAUUAAUCACUAAUGUUGGAUUAUAGAAAAUGCAGGAGACACAUACAAGAAAGAAAAACAACCUUUUUAACAUUGCUCAAAUAAUGAGACAUUACCUGAAGACUUUCACUUAAUGGUGCAUGAUCAAAGGUUUUUGUGCAGUUACUGCAUCCACAUAGGAACCAGCCUGCACUGAAUUCUGAAAAUGAAGUGCACUAAUUUGCUAAAUAUUUUCAUAUAUGUUUAUCUUCUGUUACACAAAAUCUUCUAAAUCCCAUCGGUCUAGAAACUAUUUAUAUCUCCAUGAGUGGGAAGCUUCUGCACAGAUUUAGACAUCUUCUCCCAUACCUUUUUGAACAACUUUUAAUAUAAAUCUUCUUGGUAAUAUACAAGUACUUUUAUUGUUUUAUUGUAUCUUUAAUUUGUAGUGUUGUUGUUCAUCACCUUUAAUUUUCUAAACAUUGUAUUAUAGUUUGUUUUUAAGAUCACAGUCAUCAAACAUUUUCAGCUGAGAUUUUAUGUCAAUGAUCAUCUCUUUUGUGGUUUUCCUCAAAUCACAAAAGGUGUAGUCAAAAAAUGCCUUUGAAUUCAUCUACAUAGACUGUACAACACAUUUAUCAAUUGUAGUAAUGGGCAAAUCACAAUAAAUUAAAUUUGAACAGCUAAAUCAUUUAAUAUUAGUAUGUUACCACAAACAAAAAGUAAUCCUGAAUUUAUUUGCCAACAUUUUUCAAAAACAUACAUACAGUAGGCAGACUGUUUUCCCUUAGGAAAGAAGAUAUGAUUAUAAAAACCUUACAGAUGUAUCAUUAAUAAUGUAUGUAACUGUAAACAGUACAUUUGUACAAGAAAUAAUUAUGUACUUUCAAGAAAAGAGUAACCAUAUGUGCCAAGAAAAACCCAGUGCAGUCAAAACACAGACUCAAGACCUAAUUUACUUAUUGGCAAUAAUCUAGAUAUGAUGUACAGUGUAGAUCAUGCUGUAUGAUUAUGGCUAAAAGUAUCUUACAUCCCGUUUAAUAAACAAAUUAAAUUCAAAAUCUUACAAUUAAAAUUGAAAUUAGCAGAUGCUAUAGGGAUUUCAGACUGAUGUCAAUUCCCAACAGAUGACAUGAGGAAAAGGGAGAGUUGGAUGGCAAUUGAUUCAUUGACAGUUACAGCAUUUCUUUAAACAUUGCAUAAUGUUGCCUUCAAAACUAAACAGCUAAAUUGUCUCAUUAUCUUUUUUUAUUUAAGGUUUAAACAUAUCUUGACCUUAGUUACGUUGCUUUAUUGUAAUGUUGCCUAACAAGAUUUAAACGAAACAGAAGGAAAAUCAAUUUGCAAAACUUCACAAAAUUAUACAAUAAUUAAUAAAAUAAU